UUUUAGUUUAUUAUUAAAUAUUUGUUUUGGGGAUUUAUACACACAUUUGAAUAUAUACAUGUACAUAUAUGUAGGUAUAGAUACACAUACACACAUUUAAAUGUAGACAAAUACUGUAUAUGUAUGUUUAUAUAAAGAGAGCCCAGAGAGAGAGGCAGAGUGAGAGAUAUCAGUGAUGCAAUGUGUUUGUGGGUGAAGGGGUAUACAUAAAAAAAGAAAAUUUGCAUAGUCAUUGGGUAAUAACUAUUAAUCAAUUAAUAAGAAGUUAUUAAGCAUAUACUAUGUGUCAGGCACUGUCCUAGGUGCUGACGAUUCAAAGAUACUUACAUUCUAGCAAUUGGGAUUGUUUCUUGAGCACUUAUUAGGUGUAGGUGUAAAGCAUCUUUGAACAUCCAUAAUACUAUAUAGGUCUUUUUUUACCAUUUAUAUUUGAUCUAGAAAUUUAAUUAUUUGUGGACUUGUCUUGUUUUUUUUAUCUAUCUGAAAGGCCCACCUGCUGAAGAAGAACAAGGUGCAGUAAAGUAAAAGGAAGCAGGGCCUUCAGAGGACAAGACUAUCACUACUAACUGGCAACAGAAGGAAAACUGAAGCAGACCAAUAGGAAGAUGAUGGAUGGGAGUAAACAUGAGCAAGACAGUCACUGAUCAUUAUUGAGAUGGCAGCAGGAAGACAUUACUGAAGGAAAGUGGAAGUGAGGAAAGAAUAAAACCGUGAAGGCUACCUUUCUUUUAAUUUUGAUGACCAACCGGAACACAUAGAGGAUAGGAGGAGAGUUGAAUUAACAACCUGGAGUUAAGAGCUUGAAAAGGACGCCCACAUCAGCUUGCAAAGUAGCCUGGGAUCAGAAGGCAGAAAGGUUUGCAAACACUAGAAAAGAUACUUUGCCAUGAGGAAAUGAUUUUGGACGUUGCCAUUGUAAUAGUGUUCCACUGAGAAACUCUCUAACCUAAGGAAAGAAACUUCAUAAGGAAGCAUUUGAAAAUUUAUCCUUUUGUUUGUCUCCAGAUUGCUUAAUUGCAAAUAUAAACAUGGUUUCUAACAAGUCAAGAUAAAAAGCAGGCUUCUUUCAGAUUGCUCCUAAAACCAGGUUCUGCUGAUUACAAAGGUUAAAAAAAAAGAGCUUUAAUCCUGUUCAUAGAACUUUUUGUGAUCCUAUUGCUUUCAGACUGACUUGUUGACUAAUGCUUAAAGUAGAAGUGGAAGGCUUAACAAAUCAUUUUUGGUGGAAAUUGAAGGAUUUGGAAAUAGUGUUUUUCUUUUCUGAAUUUCUACCCUUCAUCUGAUGUCCAGAAUGAGUAACAAUCUGACAACAAACUUGAGCUUGGAGGCUCUGCUGAGUGCCUCAGAAGAUAAGCAAAGAAAUGGGCUUUCUAGAACUGGUCACACCAUCGUGGCAGUCUUCCUUGGUAUAAUCCUUAUCUUUGGUUCCAUCAGUAACUUCAUUGUGCUCGUCCUCUUCUGCAAGUUUAAAGUGCUUAGAAAUCCUGUGAAUAUGCUUCUGCUGAACAUUAGCAUCAGUGAUAUGCUGGUCUGCCUUUCAGGCACCACACUGAGUUUUGCAUCCAGCAUCCAAGGCAGGUGGAUUGGCGGGAAGCAUGGAUGUAGGUGGUAUGGCUUUGCCAACUCUUGCUUUGGUAUUGUGUCUCUAAUUUCCUUGGCCAUCCUGUCCUAUGAGCGCUAUAGGACUCUCACCCUUUGCCCGGGACAAGGGGCGGACUAUCAGAAGGCACUGUUGGCUGUUGCUGGAUCAUGGCUGUAUUCUUUGGUUUGGACUGUACCACCUCUGAUUGGUUGGAGCAGUUAUGGAACUGAGGGAGCAGGGACAAGCUGUUCAGUGCACUGGACCUCAAAAUCAGUUGAAUCGGUGUCCUACAUCAUGUGUCUCUUCAUCUUCUGCCUGGUCAUCCCCAUCUUGGUUAUGGUCUAUUUCUAUGGACGACUUCUGUAUGCAGUCAAGCAGGUUGGGAAAAUCAGGAAGACUGCUGCUCGGAAAAGAGAAUAUCAUGUCCUCUUCAUGGUUGUCACAGCUGUCAUCUGCUACCUAAUUUGCUGGGUACCAUAUGGAAUGAUUGCAUUACUUGCUACAUUCGGCCCCCCAGGAGUAGUGUCUCCAGUGGCCAAUGUUGUACCAUCAAUUUUGGCCAAAAGCAGCACUGUAUGCAACCCAAUCAUCUAUGUACUUAUGAACAAACAGUUUUACAAGUGUUUCCUCAUCCUUUUCCACUGCCAACCUGCUCAAUCUGGCCCUGAUGUUUCAUUGUGCCCUUCUAAUGUGACAGUGAUUCAGCUGGGUCAAAGGAAGAACAAGGAUGCGCCAGGUAGCAUUUGAGACUUUCCUGAAGUCAGUGAAAAGCAACUGUGCCUCUUGAGCCCAGAAGUGUGGCCGCAACCUUAGAAUAUCCAUCAGAGAAGAAGAAGGGGGCUCUUUUGUCCCAAAGAAGCUAUUUUUUUUCUUUGUUCUCUCUCUUCUGCUCAUCCUGUCCUGUUCAAAUAGCCUCAGCUGAUACUGAUAGUGUCCACAACCUGCAUACUAUUCCCUCAACUUGAAGAGUUGUUUUCUGUUAUUUUUAACAACUGAAACCACUAAACAACAAGACAGUCUAACUUUUUUUUUUAAAUAUACUUGACAUUCUGACUUGUAGGAAAAAAAAAGUUUUCAAGUCGGCACUGACUGUAUUACUUCAGACCUGUAAAUUCAGUGUGUGAGGGAGUAUGGCGUAAGUGCACAAACAUUCGACUUGAGAUCAGAAGAUUUGGGGUUCAGUCCUGGUUGCGUCAUUUACUACCUGGAUGACCUUGUAGAAGUCAUUUAACUUCCUUCAUUUUCUUUCCUUAUCUCCUAAAUAAAGGAGAAGGACUUUCUAGCUCUGUUACUCUAAGCCUGAAUUAGUUUUUGGGUGUGGGAACAGAAAUUUGAAGAAAUCCUAAGUUACUUAGAGAAAAUAAAUAUGGUUUAGACAGACCCUAUCAUAUUGAAACAGAAAGUAGGAAUAUUUAUUAUCAAAUGAACUUAUGUUUAUGAAGGAAAAAAUAGCUACUCAUGGAAAUCCAGAGAUGAAAAUGCAACUCAAAUGCUUCAUAAACAUAAAUUAAAUGUUACCGCUGAGAUUUGAAAUGGGGGGCAUGGUAGGGAACAGAGGAGAAAUUAGAAAAGUUAUAGGUUUAAGCUAAUGUCAGUGAUGGCUUUCCUGGGGAACACUGCUUUUAAAAAUA